AUGUCUGCCCAGGCCACCCGCCUCUACGAGGGCAUCGGUGUCGGUCGCGGCUGGAUCGACCCCGCGGGCCGUCUCCGCUCGCUGCCCUACGGCACCCGUCUCCCACCUCCUCCCCCUCUGACCGAGGAGGCCUUGGCCCGCGCCCGCGCGCCCGCCAACCCCGUCUACCCACGCCGCUCUCCCUCCCCGACAUCUCGCCCGGUGUCAGGUCCCCAGACCUACGCCGAGUAUAUGCGGGGAGUGGAGGAGCGUGCGAACGAGUACCGCGUGUUCUAA